CAUGGAACUAGCUUGGCCGGGACCUUUCCCAUUGCAUAUGUGUACAUUAAGUCAGACCGCUUUGCUUUUGUUGACUUUCCUCACAUCUUCUUUGCGAUUUCUCUGAAUACUGCUCCUUUUCCACAUCUCAUUCACAGGUUCAAACGUCCUCAAGUCGAUUUACCCCUCACUCUCCCAUCAUGGUCAAGGCCGUUGUUCUGGGUGCCGCUGGUGGCAUUGGCCAGCCACUGUCUCUUCUUUGCAAGAUUUCCCCUCUUAUCGACGAACUCUCACUCUUCGAUGUGGUCAACACACCAGGUGUCGCAGCCGACCUGUCACACAUCUCCUCAGUCGCUACUGUAGGUGGCUUCGUCGCUGCCAAGGGCGACUUCAAGGGCGAGAAGCAAGAGACGGAAGAUGCGAAGAAAGAAGCUUUGACUGGUGCAGACAUUGUCAUCAUUCCAGCUGGCGUUCCUCGAAAACCCGGCAUGACAAGAGACGACCUCUUCAAGACCAAUGCUGGUAUCGUCAAGGACCUCAUCGUUGCUUGCACCAAGUACUGUCCCAAGGCCAUGAUCUGCGUCAUCUCAAACCCUGUCAACUCCACCGUCCCAAUCGCCGCCGAAGUGUUGAAGGAGGCUGGCUGCUUCGAUCCCAAGAGACUCUUCGGUGUUACGACCCUUGAUGUCGUCCGUGCUCAGACAUUCGUUGGAGACAUCACUGGCGAGAAGGACCCCCGCAAGCUCGCUAUCCCGGUUGUUGGUGGCCACUCUGGCAACACCAUCGUUCCUCUGUUCAGCCAAGCCAAGCCAUCCGUUAACAUCCCCAGCGACAAGCUUGAUGCGUUAGUGAACCGUGUCCAAUUCGGAGGUGACGAGGUUGUCAAGGCCAAGGAUGGCGCCGGUUCCGCAACUCUUUCCAUGGCAUAUGCUGGCUUCAGAUUCGCCGAGUCUCUGAUCAAAGCAGCCAAGGGUGAGAAGGGCAUCGUCGAGCCAACAUUCGUCUACCUGCCUGGUGUCGAAGGUGGUGAUGCCAUUGCCAAGGCAACUGGCUGUGAUUACUUCUCCGUCCCCGUUGAACUCGGCCCCAACGGAGCCGAGAAAGCCAUCAACAUCCUCGACAGCGCCAAUGAUUACGAGAAGAAACUCCUCGAAGAAGCCAUCAAGGGUCUCAAGACCAACAUCGAAGCCGGCAUCAGUUUCGUCAAGAACCCACCCAAGUAGGACGUGAGCGACUUCUACCCCAGAACGAGCCUGCCUGCCAUGCCGGUUUUUUCGAAUAUGAGCGAUCAAUAUACGCCAUAAGAAACUGACCAGGGUCUGGAGCAGGUUAUGAACAGCAUAUCAUGCAGAAACGGAAUGUGUCAUUCGAGUCGACUGAUGCCAUAGCUUUCAGAACUGCAGACAUCCCACAGAGAUUGCGUAGACAAAAUCAAUCCGCGUUUCAUGCAAUAUUUGAGAUUCUUAAUCGGCCGUCAAGGCCGUAUAAUCCUGGUCCAGAACAGAAUGUUCCCGGGCGUUGGCCUCCUUCCCUGACCGACUGUGACGCGGUUCUGUUGUCGGGGUAAGGCCGGCGUGCUCUGAUUGGUGUAUCUCUGGGGUGGUUGUAUAGCUCGGGGGGUUGUUAUGUCUUGGUCGGGAUUGUCUUGAUCUGGAACGACGCGCUCGGCAACUCUGUCGUCUCGGCUUGGACAGUAGCUUUGAUACCCAGACUCGAUAGAACCCCUCUGAUGAUUCCGCAGGGGAAGUACAAAUGCGGUUGCGCCCUGACGAUGGCUUCGGCAUGUGUAGUCAUGCUCAUUCGAGCGAACGGGCGGAAUUUGCUAUCUGUCAAGACAAAGACACCCUGUAAGACA